AUGGCGACUUCCGAUUCUCCUUCGUCAAUCAAUCUCCAAAACGGUUUUUGCUCUAAAACUCGUAUCUACCAUUCCCUUAGACCUCCAUCUCCUCUACCUCCACUCUCUUCCCCUUUCUCUAUAACCGAUUUCAUCUUCUCGCAUCUCCAAACCACCGUCACACCAAUUGCAUCGUUCAUUGACGCCACCACUCGCCGCCGAAUCCUUUACUCCGACCUCCAACUGCUUGUCCGAAACCUCUCCGUCUCCCUCCGCCAACCGCCAUUGUCUCUCUCCCAUGGAGAUUGUGCUUUCGUUAUUUCUCCUAAUUCAUCUCUUCUCCCCAUUCUCUACCUUUCACUCUUAUCCAUCGGUGUGGCGGUUUCGCCUUCAAAUCCUGUUAGCUCGGUUCUAGAAGUUUCUCGUCAGAUCCGCCUCUGUAAACCGGCGGUGGCGUUCGCGACGGCGGAAUCGGCUCAGAAGCUGUUAGAAGUCGGAUUUACCAAUCCGGUUGUGAUGAUUGGAUCGAAUGAAUUUGAAUCGAUGAUGAGAGAUGAACCGAAUGGAGGUAGACCUAAAACUGAAGUUUCUCAGUCCGAUACGGCGGCGAUUUUGUACUCGUCAGGGACUACGGGGAAGAUCAAGGGAGUGAAAUUAACGCACAGGAAUUUGAUUUCAAUGAUUGCCGGUGCAAUCGACGGACGUCGAGCGAGGUUAUCUCCGGCGGUGUACCUCUCCACGGUGCCGUUAUUUCAUAUUUACGGCUUCGGUUUAUUACUCAGGUUGGUCGCGUUUGGGGAAAGCAUGGUGUCGAUGAGGAGGUUCGAUCUGCGGUUAAUGUUGAGGUCGAUUGAGGAGUUUAGCGUUACUAAUCUGGCGGUGGCGCCGCCGGUGGUUGUGGCUUUGGUGGACGGAAAAAAUGGCGAUUUGGUUGACGGAAUCAAUUGGAAGUCUAUAGAAUCCGUCCUCUGUGGCGGAGCGCCACUUACGGUCCCUGUUAUCGAUAGAUUCAAGAAACGAUUUCCAAAUGUGUCAUUGUUGCAGGCGUAUGGAAUGACCGAAACUACAGGUGGCGUCUCGAGAGUUGUAGGUCCAUAUGAAAGCACAAUAGUAGGCACCGUUGGGCGGCUCAUAGCCCAUUGCGAAGCAAAGAUAGUUGAUCCGAAUACCGGUGUUGGUUUGGCUCCAAUGAACCCGGGUGAACUAUGGGUCAGAGGUCCAUUCGUUAUGAAAGGGUAUGUUGACGACGAAGAAGUUAUGGAUACAAUGGUGGAGUCGGAUGGAUGGUUGAGAACCGGCGAUCUUUGUUACUUUGAUAACGAAGGUUUCUUAUUUGUCGUGGAUCGGUUAAAGGAGUUAAUCAAAUAUAGAGGUUAUCAGGUACCGCCAGCCGAAUUGGAACACAUUUUGCAUUUGCAUCCCGACAUUACUGAAGCGGCCGUGAUUCCGUAUCCAGAUGAGGAGGCAGGAGAAGUACCCAUGGGUUUUGUGGUUAGAAGAAGAGGAACCACCAUUGAUGAAGCUCAAGUCAAAGAUUAUGUUGCAAAACAGGUUGCACCAUACAAGAAACUGAGAAGAGUUCGGUUCGUGAAUUCAAUUCCAAAGAACGCUCCAGGAAAGGUACUGAGGAAGGAGUUGAUCAAGCUGGCUCUUUCAGAUCUCACUUCUAAGCUAUAGCUUAACUCUCCAAAAUGUCUGAUUAUAACUACACAACCAGAAUGUGAUAUGCUCUGGGUUAUGACAGUAAUUUUACAUAUUUGAUGAUGAAGUUGUGUAUUUGAAUUAAUGAUAAAAAGAUUGAUUGAUGUAAAAUCAUCAAAGAGUUUUUA